AUGAGUGAUUCCGGCUUCGAGGAUGUCGAUGACUUCCAGGAUGUUCCUGAAGAAACAACAAGCAAGCCAGAACCCCCUAAGCAGGAAUCCUCAGGAUUUGAAGACGCAACUACAGAAAUUGCUCCUGCAGAACCAGAAAAAUUAGAUGCGAAUGCACUUGCAGAAGAAAACAAAAAGAGGUUUGUCAUGGAGCUGGAAUUCGUUCAAUCUCUUGCAAAUCCUCAAUAUUUGAACUUCUUAGCCUCGCAAAAUUAUUUUAAUGAUCCAGCAUUUUGCAGAUUUUUACAAUACUUACUGUAUUGGGAUACACCAAAAUAUUCUAAGUACAUUCGUUAUCCACAAUGUCUAUUUUUCUUGCACCAAUUGCAAGAUCCAAAUUUCAGAACAUUUCUUCUCAAUACAAAUAAUAUUAGAAACAUAGAUACAUGCACAUAUCAAUAUUGGGCAUAUUAUAUGAGAAAUAGAUUAGAUUUCACGCUUCCGGACGAUGAUAAAAUCGGAUUUGUUAGUUUACUUCCUAAAACAGAGAAGAAGAAGGAACAUAAGAAGCAUAAAGAUAAAUCCAAACAUAAAGAUAAGCAUAAAUUGAAGGAUAAACCAGCUAAUCCUCAACCUGCUCCAGUUCCUCCAGUAUAA